AUGCAGUCGAAUCGUCUUACCAAGGAGGAGUACCGUAAACAAAAGGAUCUUGAUGCCGCUCGUAAGGCUGGUACAGCACCAGCUGAAGUGGACGAAGAAGGCAAUGAGAUCAAUCCACAUACUCCGCAGUUUAUGUUGAAAGCACCAUGGUACGUCGACACCGGCAAAGUCUCCUUGAAGCAUCAAAAAGCACCGGAAAAGCGAAAAGCUACACGAUUCGGUUUGGAGCAAAGCUUGUGGUAUGCUCGAGGCCAAAGAGCGGGCCCAGCAGCUACCAAGUAUCGAAAAGGCGCAUGUGAAAAUUGUGGUGCGCUCACCCACAAAACCAAAGAUUGCGUUGAAAGACCUCGCAAGAAAGGAGCGAAAUGGACUGGACAGAACAUUCAAGCAGAUGAGGUUGUUCAAGAUAUGGAUCUCGCUUGGGAUGAAAAGCGUGAUCGCUGGAAUGGCUACGAUCCCAAAGAUCAUGAUAAAGUCAUUGAAGAGUACAAUAAGAUUGAAGAAGCACGACGAGCGGCUAAAGCCUCGGAACUUGAUAAGCAAGGUCCUACAACUACCUCGGAAGCGAAAAAGAUUGCCGGCGCCGGUUUGUCGGACGACGAGGAAGAUGACGAUGAAGAUAAAUAUGCGGAUCAAGCAGAUAUGCCUGGACAACAUGUGAAUCAAAAGACAAGAACAACGAUCCGUAACCUAAGAAUUCGUGAAGAUACAGCUAAAUAUCUCCUUAAUCUCGAUACCGAUUCAGCGUACUAUGAUCCGAAGACUCGUUCGAUGCGUGAUAACCCGCUUGCUGAUCAAACAGAAGAAGACAUUCAAUUCGGCGGUGAUAAUGUGCUUCGAUACACUGGCGAUGCUCCUGAAAUGGCCAAAGUACAGAUGUUUGCAUGGCAGGCGGCUGAUCGUGGUAACGAUGUUCAUCUUCAAGCCAAUCCUACGCAAGUCGCCAUUCUUCACAAAGAAUACGAGUCCAAGAAGGAUUCCGUGCGAGAUUCCACUCAAAAGAGCAUUUUGGAAAAGUACGGUGGUGCCGAACAUUUGGAAGCGCCGCCAAAGGAACUGCUGUUGGCACAAACCGAAAAUUAUGUGGAGUAUUCGCGAACAGGAAGAGUGAUCAAGGGUCAAGAGAAAGCCAAAACAAAAUCAAAAUACGAGGAAGAUGGUAAGUAA